CUUUCCAUUAUUCUUUUAUUUCCGCAAGUGCUAUACCGAUACUGUAUAUACCAACUCAACGACUGACAGGACUCAUUCAACAUCUUCUCACUUGCGCUCUCAAAUAAUCAUGUCGCAAUCACGAGCUCGCAAAGUUCUCAUUGUUGGCGCUGGUCCUGUCGGUGCUCUGACGGCCCUGAGCCUUCAUCGUAGGGGUUGGGAAGUGGAGGUCUGGGAAACUCGCGAUGAUCCUCGAGGUCAAGAUGCUGCUCCGAGUAAUCUCCGUUCUAUCAAUCUCGCCAUAUCGUCGCGAGGUCUCGAAGCACUACGAAGCGUUGAUCCCUCGAUUGCCGAGAACUUUUUGGAGGAAGCGAUACCGAUGAAGGGACGGAUGAUCCACCAUACAGACGGGAAGCAAGAAAGUCAACUUUAUGAUCCAAUCGGCGGCCAGUCUAUCAACUCUAUCAGUCGCCCAAUUCUCAAUCAGCGACUUGUUCAAUCGCUUCCCGAAGCAGUCAAACUCAGGUUCAACACCAAGCUCAAGCACAUCGAUUUCAAGAACCGUGUUGCUUAUGCGUCUCAUAAACAAGAAACGAGUCUAUUACCCGGUGAAGAAAGUGAAAAGGAUAAGAAGCAGAACACAGAGGAUGAAGAUGGGACGGCGUUUGAUUUAGUCAUUGGAUGUGAUGGCAGCUGGUCCAAAGUCAGAACUGCAAUGAUGCGGGCAGAACGGAUUGACUUUUCACAAAGCUUUAUUCCUCAUGCCUACAUUGAGCUCCAUAUGCCUUCUGACCCAGCUUUCCCAGGUGGCUACGCUAUGGAUAAAAACCAUUUGCACAUCUGGCCUCGCCAUGCUUUCAUGCUUAUCGGUCUUCCCAAUAAGGAUGGUUCCUUUACCCUGACUUUAUUCAUUCCAUUUUCUUCUCUCGAGUUACUCGACACACGCGAAUCUGCUGCGGCCUUUUUCAGAGAACAUUUCCCUUCCGCUGUGGACAUUGUGGGUGAAAAGGUGCUUCUUGAUGAUUUUGAAAAGAAUCCAAGAGGUAACCUGGUUACUAUCAAUUGUACACCCUCCGCAUGGUCAUCUCACGCCAUUCUUCUGGGCGAUGCAUCCCACAGUAUGGUUCCUUUCUAUGGACAAGGCCUCAACUGCGGUCUUGAAGACGUUCGGGUGCUCAGCUCUAUCCUUGAGCGACACCACAUCUCACCCACAACCACACUUGCGCUUGGCGAGACGGAUCCUGAGCUGGAACUAGCUCUAAAGGCCUAUUCUGAUGAAAGGCAAGGAGACUUGAAGGCGAUUUGCGAACUGGCCUUGCAAAAUUACACUGAAAUGCGCUCGCACGUGCUUUCUCCGCUUCACCAUCUCCGUCGUCAGGUUGACAAGGUUUUCACCACCUUGUUCCGAUCUGCGCCUCAAGCCACCUUGUCGCUAAUGGAACCUUUCCCUACCAAGAAAGUGCGAGGGUGGACGAGUCUUUAUGAGAUGGUGACUUUUAGGCCGGAUGUAGGUUAUUCGGAAGCGCUGAGGAAGGAGAGGUGGCAGAAGGAUGUCGUGGGUUAUGCUGGGUGGAUCGGGGGUGUGGUAGGUGUUGGCGCGGCAGGCGUUUUUGCGGCAACUAUGGCGAAGAAGUGGUUGGAAAGGAGAUAAGAUAGGUUUCCUGACAGGCUGCCAUUUUUAAAAUGAUGAUUUAUG